AAUCUGACUCGUUUCUGACUAGUGACAUCACUAAGUUGAGUUAGCGGACUCGGUAUGACUUUCCGAGUUGACUCGGUUGACUGAACUGUGACCGGUGACCGGGUGGACUUUGCCGGUCAUCUGAGCUGCUUUCUGGUGACUUUCUCGGCGACCUCUCCGGCCAACCUUUGGGACUUCAGCAACAUAUAUUUGGGUGUAUUUUCCACAUGGGUUUUUCUCACACAUGGGCUUGGUGGACUCUUAUUUAUUGGACUUUUGAAGACUUGACCUAAGAAGAGACAUAAAAUGGAGGAUUUUUUACAACUUGAAACAUCACGUAUUCUACUUGGAGUACUGGAGGAGAGCCAGAUACUAGGGUUUGCUUAUUGUUUCAACUUCUUUAUCUCAAUAUUAUGAUGAUGAACUCCAAAAUUAUGAGUAGCUAAAACAAUCUUUGAUUAAAGGUACCUUUUCUUUGGUGAAUGCGUGGAGAGGGCAAACCAAGUCCAAUUGGUAUACGUCUUCAUUCGGGCACUUUACUAAAAGACUUCAUUCGAGCCGUGAAUAAUCAACUUCCUCCUAGUUCUACACCAAGUGAAUUCUCGGACUCGGACAUAAAGGAAAACAACACAAUGGGAGGUCGACCACCUGCUCCAAGAACACUCAAGGAGCUCACUUCUCCAAACAUUGACCAACAACCUUUAUGUAUUCAGCUGAAUGGAACCAUUGAGUUGAAGCCGCAAUUGAUUCACUUGCUGCCCAAAUUCAGAGGUUUAUCGGGAGAGGAUCCUAAUCGACAGCAAUUCCAUCAUGUUGUGACUAGUUUGAAGCAAGCAACUGCAGAUGCUGAUAUGGCUAUGAUGAAAGCUUUUCCUUUCUCCCUUAUAGAUGUUGUAGGAGAGUGGUUCUUUUGCUUAGCCUCUGGAAGUAUAACCACAUGGAAUGGAAUGAAAAAGUUGUUUCUUGAGAAGUAUUUUCCGGCAUCAAAAGCAGUUGUGAUUCGCAAGGAGAUCUGUGGUAUUAGGAAAGUAUCGGGGGGGACUCUCUAUGAGUAUUGGGAGCGCUACAAGAAUCUUUUAGCUAGCUGCCCACACCACCAAAUCAACGAUCAACUUGUGAUUCAAUAUUUCUAUAAGGGGUUGCAUUCUAAUGAUAGAAAUUUGAUCGAUGCCGCAAGUGGUGGUGCACGCACCAACAAAACCAUUGCUGAAGCUACAAGCUUGUUAGAAAACAUGGCUGCAAACACUCAACAUUUCCACACUCGAGGUGAAUCAGUGGUAAGGAAAGUGAAUGAAGUUAGUGAUUCUUCACAUAUGGAACAUAGAAUGGGUAAUAUGGAGAGGUUGAUGCAACAAAUAGCAGCUGCCGUCAUACCAUCAUCAUACACCGAAGAUGUUGAGCAAGCAAGUGACAUGUACCAAAAUCAGCAAAGGCCAAGAUAUGAUCCAUACUCUAGCACAUACAAUCUGGGUUGGCGAAAUCAUCCCAAUUUCAGAUACGCCAACAAGCAAGCGGCAGCUUCCAAUCCUCCUUUUAAUCAACAAGGUGGGUACCAAUUCUUGCAAAAGCCAUGUCAAGAAACUCAAGGCACGAGUAUAGAUGACAAAUUGAAUCUCAUUCUCAACACAAUGGCACAAGAUAAGCAAAAGUCGGAGAUGGAUAUGAAGGACAUCCGAACACAAAUGGGUCAACUAGCUACUACCGUGAGCAAAUUGGAAGCACAAGCAGGUGGAAGACUUCCUUCGCAACCAUUAAGUCAUAAGGAGAAUGGCAAUGCUAUUGAGCUACGAAGUGGGAAGCAAGUAGAGAAACCGGCAUCAUCACCGGUGUCCAAUGAACAUGAUUUCGAGAAAGAUGAGGGUGAAACAACCCCUAAAAAGGAUGACCCGGUAACAAAUUCUAACUCUAAAACUCAUGUUUCUACUUAUGCUACUCCUCCUCCUUUUCCUAGCAGGUUUGCAAAGUCGAACAAGGAGACAUUGUACCAAGAGAUUUGGGAGAUCUUUAAGAAGAUUGAAGUGAACAUUCCACUCAUUGAGGCGAUAAGACAAGUUCCUCGUUAUGAAAAUUUCUUAAAGGAAUUGUGCACUAACAAGCAAAAUUGACCGGUAAUGAGGUAAUGAGUGUGCGGGAGAAUGCUUCGGCAUAUCUUCAAAAGAAACUCCCACCUAAGUUGAAAGAUCCCGGUAGUUUCACCAUACCAUGUACUAUUGGUAAAAUCAGGUUUGAACGUGCUUUGCUAGAUUGAUGAGCAUCCAUUAAUGUCAUGCCCGCUUCAAUUUAUGAAUCCUUGAAACUUGGUCCUCUUAAGAAUACCGGUAUUGUUAUACAACUUGCUGAUAGAUCUAAUACUUACCCGAAAGGGGUCAUUGAAGAUGUUUUGGUGCAGGUUAAUCAACUCAUUUUUCCGGCGUAUUUCUAUGUUCUUGACAUGAUGGAUGGAGAUUCACCAUCGUCUAAUCCCUUGUUGUUGGGUAGACCAUUCAUGAGAACCGCUAGAACGAAGAUAGAUGUUUUCAAAGGCGCCUUAACUAUGGAAUUUGAUGAUGAGAUCAUAAGUUUCAAUAUCUUUGAGGCUAUUAGAUAUCCUAGUGAUGUGCAUUCAUGUUUUUAUAUUGAUAUUAUUGAUUCUCUAGCUCAACAGAUUUUUGAAUUGAAUGGUGAUGAUGCUUUAUAAAACACCAUAGUGGAAGGUUUAGGUUAUGGAAAAUACAAAGACCUUGAAACUGAAUUGUCUAUUUCUGAUGAACUUAAAGAGGCUAUUUUCGCUCUUAA